AUGAAAAUCGUGAGCUACUCUUCCCGCCGAUUCGCCAGCUUGAGGACGAAUUCUACUCUGGAUCGAAGAACGUUUCUGAAAUCAACCUCCAUUGAUGCUGCUAAGGAGCUCCAUGCUCAUCUCAUUAGAACCCAUCUCCACACGGACCCGUACUCGAUCUCUUCAGUGAUCAAAGCUUACGCUCUGUCUCCGUCACAUUUCAGUAAAGCCCGUAUCGCUUUUGAUCAAACCAAACGACCCACGUUAUUGAUAUGGAACUACAUGAUCCGCGGUUUAUCUCUCGGCGAUCGACCCGACGAAGCAGUCCGAAUGUACCGUCUGCUCUGUCGUCGGGGACUUGUCGGAGACAAUUUGACGUUUAUUUUCGUUUUGAAGGCGUGUUCUCGUGUUUCGGGCACUGUCCUGGGGGAGGAGAUUCAUGGUCGGGCUCUGAAACUUGGGUUUGAAUCGUAUCUCUUUGUGUCGAACGCUUUGAUCCAUAUGUACGGGUUGUGUGGUUGUGCGAAUAUUGCACGGAAGGUGUUCGAUGGAAUGUUGGAAAGGGAUUUGGUGUCGUGGAAUUCGAUGAUUUGUGCGUAUAGUCAAUGUGAUAUGUAUGAUGAAGUCCUGGUUCUGUUCGAAUCGAUGCGAGAUGCUGAUGUUGAACCUGAUGCGGUGACAUUGGUGAAAGUGCUCUUAGCCUGUGGUCAUUUGGGUAAACAGGAGACUGCAGAUUCUGUGAUGAAAUAUAUAGAAAAAUCUCAAAUUGAGAUUGAUGUUUAUUUGGGGAACACUUUGAUAGAUAUGUAUGGGAGAAGAGCAGAAUUGGCACGGAAAAUCUUAGACUCCAUGAAAGAAACUAAUACAGUAUCUUGGAAUGCUAUGAUCAAUGGGUAUGCAAAAACAGGGAAUCUAGAGGGAGCAAGAAAGUUGUUUGAUCAAAUGCCUAGAAGGGAUGUGAUUUCUUGGACAUCGAUUAUCACGGGUUAUUGUCAAACUGGUCACUUUGCUGAUGCUGUGAAGCUUUUUCAAGAAAUGGUGAAAGCUAAGGUGAAACCAGACGAAAUCACUGUGGCUAGUGUUCUUCCAGCAUGUGCUCACUUGGGCUCGCUCGACACCGGUCAAGCAAUUCACAAAUAUAUUCGUACACAUGAUUUGAAACUCGAUAUCUAUGUAGGAAAUGCCCUCAUUGACAUGUACUGCAAAUGUGGGGACGUUGGGAAAGCAAUGGCGGUUUUCGAUGAGAUGAAAGAAAAAGAUUUGGUUUCUUGGAACUCGAUCAUUUCAGGUUUAGCAGUAAAUGGCUUUGCUAGUUCCGCAUUUGAUCUCUUUUACAGAAUGUUUGACGAAAACGUGAAACCAAAUUCUGGGACAUUUGUGGGAAUCUUCCUUGCGUGUACUCAUGCUGGUCUGGUGGAUAAAGGUCUGGAAUUUUUCGAGGGUAUGAAAAGCAUCCAUGGAGUAAAUCCGGGGAUGAAACAUUACGGGUGUAUCGUUGAUCUGUUGGGCCGAUCUGGGCAUUUAGAUAAGGCAUAUGACUUUAUAAAUGCAAUGCCGGAGGAACCGGACGUUGUGUUGUGGAGGAUAUUGUUGAGUGCUUGUAAACUUCAUGGAAACAUUCAUUUGGCCGAGGUCGUGAUGAAGAAGCUCAGUGAAUCGGAUCCAUCUAACAGUGGGAAUUAUCUUCUCUUCUCAAAUGUUUAUGCAAGUUCUAAUCGGUGGGAUGAUGCCACCAACGCGAGGGAAACAAUGGCGAAAUUCAACGUCAAGAAGCCGACCGGACUCAGUUCCAUUGAAGGAGAAACACCUUGAUUAGUAGUAUAUACUCUAUUCAGGAUUUUCUUACAUGAGUACUGCCUUUCCUGGAGAAAAAAUAGUAUUAGCAGAAACUUUCCGAGAUUCCGAAUCUGAUUUUGAAGGAACUAUAGAUUCUUCAGUUUCAUUAGAAGUUCAGGAACUUGUCUCUUGGGUCCCCGUGGAGAGAGAACGCUCUGUUUACGUUAGCACCCUAAUCCGAUACGAUGUUGGAAACUUUCUAUUGGAUGAAGAAUAACCCAACAAGUUUAAAUCUUGAGAAGCAGACAUGGAAACCCUCUCUUCAUCCAUGGCGAAAGCGAAUUUUCUCAGCAAUUUUCCACCGUGCGGAUCCAAAUGCAAUCGCCGAUGUUUUCCAGAGGAAGAGAAGAACAAUAGCAGCGAUCAAAACGCCAACCGCAUUUGGGACGGCGUCCUUGGCGGAGGGGAAUAUUCCGAUAUGAUGAUGAAAGACGAAGAUUACAUUACAUGGCGCAGUUUGUCCCAUGUCACUUCCAUAAAUUCCAUAUUAGAUUCUCAUAUAGACCAGAGAUAAUUCGAAGUAAUAAUAUUUACGUAAAAACUGACUCAUCGAUUUUCUUACAUGUCAGAUCACAAGAGGAUACAGCUUUUUAAUCUGAAAUUGUGAAUUUGAGUUGUGAAACACAUGGUGAUGGGAUAUGGUGUUUGCUUUGGUUUAGGACAAGAACUCAUUGCAACUGUUUCUUUUGAGUUCCUCAAUUGUGGGAAGAUUAAUAUCACAGCCGACAUGACAGGGAACAUCAUUGUGAGGAUUUGUAAUGUGCAUUGCGUUUUUCUCUGAAUCUCAAAAUCUUUAGAUAAGGACCCAUUUUCUUGACUAAACUCUUGAGAAUUUGCAUUGAAGCACACAAAUUUAGAAAUUUAGAGUUACAACUACCAUUUUUACACAAAAUCACACGAUUCAAAGGCUACAAAUUCUCAAAACCAAUACACCUGAAAAUGCCAAGGCACAAGACAAGUAUUGUAAUCAUCAUCCCAUGAACAAUCCUCAAUCCUCAUGAGGAGUUAUGAGGAUCUUGAAUUUCAUCAGACCCACUAUGUCUCAAAAGAAAAAUCUCAUACACCCAUCUAUCAUGACACGAGUUUUCUCCAGUCUUCUCUUCCCAAUCACACCUGUGUUACAACUCUCUCUCUCUCUCUCUCUCUCUCUCUCUCUCUCUCUC